CAUCGGCUUCAGUUAUCAACGGGAUGUGAGCGAGUGCGGUUCUUCUGGGAAAUUCCAAAGUUGAAAAAGGAUAGCAAAAAAUAUUUUCAAAAUCAUAUUGUUUGAAAAAUACUCGAGACAAAACGAAUCUUUUAAAGACUUUAAAGGCUUUAUAGAGAAAGAAUUUGCCAAAGAAAAAUGUCAUAAAGUCAAUGGCCGCAUAAAGGGCUUAUAGUUAUUGUGCAAGUGCGAGUGUGACUAUAACAAAUAAUCCUGGAUAAAAAUGCGAGUGUAAAUGCCAAAACCAUAAAGUUCUCUGCUCUGUGUGUGUCUGUCCAUCCAUAACCAAGGCAACUAGACAAACAAACACACAGACACAGGCACAGACUGGUGUAAGCGGAGACCCACACACCCGCGCGUACCCCUCGCUCAGAUACUCGUACGAAAACAGCUCAAACAUCAUCAUUUGGCAGCUCAGAAGGCGUUAAACACAUUUAAGCCGGGUCAAGUAAGUGGCUGUCCUGGCCCAAGGGACAAAGGACUGUCGCUCUCACUCUGUGGUCAGUGGAAAAAUCCCCGUUAAACUCGGCAAUCUGCAAGUGUAAAAUAUAAGAAAAAGGAAAUUCCAAAGGAUACAAGGGAACCCAACGCCCGUUCGGAGAAGAAGGAGGAUUCGGGUCCAAACAAUGUGGUUUCAGGGCAGCCACAGAAUGGUGGUGCAGUGAGUGUGAUUGUGAGUGCUGGAGCCCUGGAACACAAUGAGUGACCACAAUUACAUGGAGGCGGCAGUCGCCGCCAAUGGUAGCGGCGGAAUCGAUCCGCUGUUAAUGCUGUCCAAUUUGGACGGAAUCGGGGCGAGCGUGGAGCUGCAGUGCCUGGUGCAGGAGCACAUGGAUUCAACGACCUACGGCAAUGCCAGCGACCACUGCCUCACCCAGUUCGACUCGAUCCUGUGCUGGCCCCGAACGGCGCGCGGCACUCUGGCCGUGCUCCAGUGCAUGGACGAGCUGCAGGGGAUACACUACGACAGCAGCAAGAACGCCACCCGCUUCUGCCAUGCGAAUGGAACGUGGGAGAAAUACACCAACUACGAUGCCUGUGCCCAUCUACCAGCCUCCCACUCGGUGACGGAGUUCGAGGUCAUUGUGGAGCUGCCAACCAUCAUUUACUACAUCGGUUACGCCCUCAGCCUGGUCUCGCUCAGCCUCGCCCUGAUUGUCUUUGCCUACUUCAAGGAGCUGCGUUGCCUGCGCAACACCAUUCACGCCAAUUUGUUCUUCACGUACAUCAUGUCGGCUUUGUUCUGGAUACUGUUGCUAUCCGUGCAGAUCUCCAUUCGAAGCGGACAGGCAAGCUGCAUUGCCCUGGUCACGCUCUUCCACUUCUUCACGCUGACGAACUUCUUCUGGAUGCUGGUGGAGGGCCUCUAUCUGUACAUGCUGGUGGUAAACACCUUCUCCGGCGACAACAUACGCUUCAACAUCUACGCCUCCAUCGGAUGGGGUGGUCCGGCCCUGUUUGUCAUUACCUGGCUGGUGGCCAAGAGCCUGACUGUCAGCUACAACAGCUCCGAGAAGUAUGACAUCAAUUGCCCCUGGAUGGAGGAGACGAAUGUGGAUUGGAUAUUCCAGGGACCCGUCUGUGCAGUGCUGCUCAUCAAUUUAACCUUCCUGCUGCGCAUCAUGUGGGUGCUCAUCACCAAGCUGCGCUCGGCCAAUACCGUGGAGACGCGCCAGUAUAGGAAGGCGGCCAAGGCGCUGCUGGUGCUCAUCCCCCUCUUUGGUAUCACCUACCUGGUGGUGCUGGCCGGGCCGUCGGAGGUCGGCCUCAUGGGUCACAUGUUCGCCGUUCUACGUGCUGUUCUGCUGAGUACACAGGGCUUCUCCGUAUCGCUGUUCUACUGUUUCCUCAACUCGGAGGUGCGCAAUGCCCUGCGACACCACAUAUCCACGUGGCGGGACACGCGUGACAUCCAGCAGAGCCAGAACCGACGGUACACCACGAAAAGUUUCUCCAAGGGCGGAAGCUCGCCGCGGGCUGAGAGCAUGCGGCCUCUGACCAGCUACUACGGACGCGGCAAGCGGGAGUCCUGUGUAAGCUCGGCCACCACCACGACACUGGUGGGGCAGCAUCCCCCCUGCCUCGCCCUGCACCGGGGCUCCAACAAUGCCCUGCACACCGGAGGCGGCAAUACCACAUGCUCAGGCAGUACACUCAGUGUUAUGCCCCGUGCAAUUAGUCCUCUGAUGAAGUUGCAGCAAGGGCUCGAGGAGAACUCCGUUUAGAGACUACUCCCCUGAGAAGAUUUUAGCAAGGCAAGUGCAUCUUAAGAGACUGAACUUUCAUUGAAUUCCAUUUCCGAACGGAGAUCUGCGAGUGCGAUGAGGUAGUACUAGAUAUUAGCGUGAAUGGCGAUGAUGGAAGGAAGGAGACCAGGUACCAGGCCCAGCCACAGCCACAGCCCCCAAGCCACAGCAGAGCAGCAAAACCAAGUUAAAUGUCGUCUAGGUGAACCACUUACCAACCAAACCCCCCCACCUACACCUAAACCUACACCUACACCUGAACAUAUACAAACAAUGCAUGAGGUACAUACAUAGUACUCGUUUAGCCAAUACUAUUUUGUGUGUACAAUAUAUUCAAACUGUAGCUGUUGAUGGAACAAUUUUCUGUACGGAGGAUACAUCCCCCAGCAUCUGAAUAAAUGGUCUAUUUACUUGAGUGUA